UCGAGAAAGCAUUUUUUGUUCCCACCUUGAAACGUUAUAUUAGAUCACAUUUGUUCAGGAAAAAACAUCAAUGAUAUAGUUUUGGUUAAAAAUGGCAGUCAAAGUAUUUGUGUGUUUGAUACUUUCAUUAAUGUGGUAUCAAUUGAGUCAAUCUAUUAGUAUCCCGGUGUCACCAUGCAGUGACCUGUUCUCAUACCGAGUUCACCCUGAUGAUAAGACGACUGUUGGUUUUAUACAGCUAACUGGUUUAAAUCCUGAUGAGAAUGUUCGUCUCAAGGUACAGAUCUCAAUAAGAGCUUGGUUGAUGAAAGACCAAAAAUUUUACCUCCAUCUGUACAAACCACUCGACGCUACGUACAGUGACAUCGUCAAUCACGGAACUGCAACAUAUUGGAUAAAAUCCCCAGUGCAACACCCUCUCCCUUUGCUGGUAUCAAUAAACCUAAACGGAAAACAAAUAUGUUCCGGGCCUCCUGCACAAAAAUCAGCAUCAACUGCAACGAUGUCUCAUACUUUUAUUUGUCCAAAGUCGUAUAGUACGGGGCAUGAAGCUACCAAGGCGUAUCUUCGUCCACCGGUUGCAAUUCAAGACAAUUGUGGCACCAACAAUCAGGUAACUGACCUUUCUAUCAACGGCAAGCCCUCACGAGUGGGUCAAUUCCCAUGGGCUGUUCCACUAUUCGAACGCAAUUGGUUAUCAGUGCUCGAAUAUUUCUGUACUGGGACAAUCGUUACGGAUCGUCAUAUUUUAACUGCGGCUCACUGCGUCAAAAACAUGGACCCCGACGAUAUCCUAGCCAUUCCCGGAAUACACAACAUCUCAGAUUUAUCUACGGAAGAUGGCGCUAUUCAUGCAAAUGUACAGCAUGUCAUAUGCCACGAAGACUACGAGCGUGACAGUGAGCACCUCGUUGAUCAAGAUGCGGAUAUUGCUAUCUUGCGUUUGAAAAGGCAUCUGCAUUUCACGAUUUUGAUUAAACCUAUCUGUUUGAGGCAAGAUCUAGACCAGCUAAGCACAAUGAAUAACAACAACGGUUUAGUGUCAGGCUGGGGCCACACCGAAAAUGGACCUGCAAAAAUCCCCUUCUACUAUACCAGUACCAUUGUCAGUAAAGAGCAGUGCGGCGCUGACUUGGGCUUUAGUAUACCAAAAAGGGCCAGGAUAUUCUGUGGCGAUGGUUCGGGUUCUGUCGCUUGCAAAGGAGACUCCGGUAGCGCGAUGGCUAUGAAGUAUAAGAAUCGCUUUUAUCUACGAGGUGUGGUAUCGAAAGCGAUCCUGGAUGAAACAACUGGGAAGUGUGACGCGGAUAAUUAUGCCAUAUAUAUAGAUGUACCGAAGUUUAUGCACUGGAUACUUGGGCAUAUUAAUGAUGAUGAUUAUGAUGAUGGUGAUGAUGAUUUUGAUUCUAAAAAUGAUGAUGAUAACGAUAAUAAUGAUGAUGAUAAUUUCGAUGAUGAUGGUGGUGAUGAUGAUGAUGAUGAUGAUGAUGAUGAUGAUGUUUUCGGCUAUGAUGAUGAUGAUGAUUUUGAUUUUAAAGAUGUUGAUGAUAAAGAUGAUGAUAGCGAGGAAGAUCAUUUUUCUUCUAUUUUCUCAGUGUUUACUUCUGUUGGUAUUGGUUUACUCAUUAACAAGUAUGUCAUCAUUAUAGGCAUAAUAGUCAAUGGUGUUACUAGAUUUUUUUCCUAAUUGUAAUACAUGCAUUUUGAUCCGCGGGUGCAUAGUUCCCAGUUGUAUAUUAGUAUGAAAAUACAAUGCCAUCUGUUCUAAUUGAAUAAAUUCUACAUACAUA